CACUAUGAUCAUCAAUCCAUCAUUCGCAUCAUACGCGCUUGCGUAGCAUUUGUGCCACACUCAGAUCGGGGACCAGCAUGGGCCCUUGCCCGCAGCGGCUUUUUUCGGUUCUUUCCAGGCCGUCUCUUCACUUUCAGGUUCCGACAAAACAGUCGAUGAGGGCGCUGUGACGAGAAGUGUACGUAAACAUGAGUGGACAAUAAAGGGGCCACUGUACGUUUACAUGCUUGCUACCCCUCGUUUAUAAUCAUCUAUUCUUUCCCUUCACGAUGCUGCGCUUCUGCCUUGCCUCGCGCACUGCUUGCCGUGUCGCACGGAGUCCAGUCGCGGGAGCAGGCGCAGUGCUGCAGUUUCGCUCCCAUCCGCCGCAGAAUUUUACUUAUCGUUUCUACUCGGUCUUGACCGCCUUACCCGUAUCGACCGCUUCAACACCCCGCUCCUUGGUACUGAAUUGCCACCAUCGACCGCUCUCACACCCACGAGCCCGCCGUCUCUGCAGCCAGCCCGUCCGCCACUGCUCGUACCGCCGCCACAUGUGCAGAACACAUGCUGCUGCCGAAAUGGCAGGUGGGGUCAACGUGCAGGGCCGAGAGCUGCUCCCCGCCAACGUCAUUCCUCGGCACUACCAUGUCACACUGGAGCCCGACUUCAAGAAGCUGACCUUUGACGGAACGGUCGUGAUUGAUCUCGACGUGGCCGAGGACUCCAAGUCCAUCUCGCUGCACACUCUUGAGCUUGACAUCCACGAGGCAAAGAUCACCUCGGGUGGGCACACGGUCAGCUCGUUUCCUACCGUGUCGUACAAUGAGGUUACCCAGAUUACCAAGCUCGACUUCGACGAUGCUGUCGUUAAGGGUAGCAAGGCGCAGCUUGAGAUCAAGUUCACCGGCCAGCUCAACGACAAGAUGGCCGGCUUCUACCGGUCCACUUACAAGAACCCGGACGGCAGCGACGGUAUCCUGGCCGUCACGCAGAUGGAGCCGACCGAUGCCCGUCGCGCGUUUCCGUGCUUCGAUGAGCCCUCCCUGAAGGCCGAGUUCACCAUCACGCUCAUUGCCGACACUCACUUGACCUGCCUGAGCAACAUGGACAUUGCUUUCGAAACCGAGGUCCACUCCGAGCAGACAGGCAGCACCAAGAAGGCCGUCACCUUCAACAAGUCGCCUCGCAUGUCAACCUACCUGGUGGCUUUCGUUGUCGGCGAGCUCAACUACAUCGAGACCAACGCGUUCCGGGUGCCUGUGCGCGUCUACGCGCCACCUGGACAAGACAUCGAGCACGGCCGGUUCUCCCUGGACCUGGCCGCCAAGACGCUCGCGUUCUACGAGAAGGUCUUUGGCAUCGAGUUCCCUCUGCCGAAGAUGGACCAGAUUGCCAUCCCCGAUUUUGCCCAGGGCGCCAUGGAGAACUGGGGUCUCGUCACCUACCGUGUGGUCGACCUGCUGCUGGACGAGAAGGUCAGCGGCGCCGCGACCAAGGAGCGGGUCGCCGAAGUGGUGCAGCACGAGCUGGCGCACCAGUGGUUCGGCAACUUGGUCACCAUGGACUGGUGGGACGGCCUGUGGCUCAACGAGGGAUUCGCCACUUGGGCUUCGUGGUACUCUUGCAACAUCUUCUACCCGGAGUGGAAGGUGUGGGAGUCGUACGUGGUCGACAACCUCCAGCGUGCCCUGGCGCUGGACUCGCUUCGGAGCAGUCACCCGAUCGAGGUCCCUGUGAAGCGGGCGGACGAGAUCAACCAGAUCUUCGACGCCAUCUCGUACUCGAAGGGGUCCUGCGUGCUGCGCAUGAUCUCGACGUAUCUCGGUGAAGACACGUUCCUGGAAGGCGUCAGGCGGUACCUCAAGAAGCACGCCUACGGCAACACGCAGACUGAAGAUCUGUGGGCGUCUCUUGCCGAGGCGAGUGGUGAGAACGUGGAAGAUGUUAUGCGGGUAUGGACCAAGCACGUUGGCUUCCCCGUGGUAACGGUGUCGGAGAAAGACGACAACACGAUUCACCUGAAGCAGAACCGGUUCCUCCGCACCGGGGACACCAAGCCCGAAGAGGACCAGGUUCUUUACCCCGUCUUCCUCGGCCUCCGCAGCAAGGACGGCAUCGAUGAGUCGCAGACGCUCACCGAGCGGGAAGCGACCUUCAAGGUGCCGAGCACGGAGUUCUUCAAGCUGAACGCAAACCACACGGGCCUGUAUCGCACUGCUUACUCUCCCCAGCGUCUCAAGAAGCUAGGCGAGGCUGCGAAGCAGGGCCUGCUCAGCGUCGAAGACAGGGCCGGCAUGAUCGCUGACGCCGGCGCUCUAGCCACAUCUGGCUAUCAGAGCACGUCGGGCGUUUUGAGCCUCCUCAAGGGCUUCAACUCGGAGCCUGAGUUCGUCGUUUGGAACGAGAUCAUUGCCCGGGUCUCGUCGGUGCAGAGCGCCUGGAUCUUUGAGGACGAGGCAACGCGCGACGCGCUGGAUGCGUUCCUGCGCGACCUCGUCAGUCCCAAGGCCCACGAGCUGGGCUGGGAGUUCUCGGAGAAGGACGGACACAUCCUGCAGCAGUUCAAGGGCAUGAUGUUCGGCAGCGCCGGGCUCAGCGGAGACCAGGCCAUCAUUACCGCCGCCAAGGACAUGUUCAAGAAGUUCAUGGCCGGCGACAGGACGGCGAUCCACCCUAACAUCAGGGGCAGCGUUUUCAGCAUGGCUCUGAAGUACGGAGGCAAGGAAGAGUACGAUGCCGUGCUCAACUUCUACCGCACUUCUACCAACAGUGACGAGCGGAACACGGCUCUGCGCUGCCUGGGCCGUGCCAAGGAUCCCGAGCUGAUCAAGCGCACCCUGGACCUGCUGUUUAGUGGCGAGAUCAAGGACCAGGACAUUUACAUGCCAACGAGCGGUUUGCGCAGCCAUCCCGAGGGCAUUGAGGCGCUAUUCACCUGGAUGACGGAGAACUGGGAGGAGCUCAUCAAGAAGCUCCCGCCGGCUCUCUCGAUGCUGGGCACCAUGGUUACCAUUUUGACGUCGAGCUUCACCAAGAAGGAGCAGCUCGCCAGGGUGGAGAAGUUCUUCGAGGGCAAGAACACCAACGGGUUUGACCAGUCCCUAGCCCAGAGCCUGGACGCCAUCCGGUCUAAGAUCUCGUGGGUCGAGCGCGACAGGGCGGAUGUUGGCGCCUGGCUGAAGGAGAACGGUUACCGUUCGUGAAUUACCACAUCAGGACGGUGGAUUUCAAGACGAGAUGUCUGAUGAUGCGGCCAGGUCCCCGGGCAAUAGCUCAGUUGAGCAACCACAGAGCAUACCAUCUUUAGAUGGGAUCAUAGAGGCGGAAAAUAAAAAGGAGUCAUGCGUUCCAGCAAGUACAUCAUAGGCUUAAGCAUGUCGUAUGGACGUCAGUCAGUGUUGCACAUUGUAGCCGAGGCGGAGAACGGCACUGCAUUGGA